AUGGAAAUGAAAGAGAAUGAUAAGACAUGGCAAACAAGCCCAGACAGUGAAUCUUCAUGGACUACUGAUGCAGAAGCCAGUUCUCGGAGGAAAUUCACCAUUCCAAAGAUCAGGAGGACAACUGAAAAAGCUUACUUGUCUUCUUGUUACACCAAUACUAGAGAGUAUGGCUUCAUACAUAGCACUCUGAAGCAGUUCAGGCUUGAUGUAAACUGUGACCUGCAGUUCACUUGGCAGUUUGGCGAUACAAAGCUGGUUCGAAAUGAGUAUCUUGAAAAACAGUUUUCUGCUAAGAGGUCAGAGAUGCGUGAGAAUGGAAGACAUGGCAGAGACUUGGAAGAACAUUUCUGUUUCUUAGCACUUUCUCAGAGUGAUGUGGUAGAGAUCUACCAGAAUGGGCUAAGUACCAGAGCAUCCACACUGAAGAUACUUGGGAAUCCUCUUCUUGGAGUUUAUAUGUUUAGACAUGUUGAUGUCGCCCUGAAUUACGCUCAUAGUCGAAGCACUACUGUAGAAGCAAUUAUGAUUUUUAAGGUUCUCUUUGGAAAAGUCAAGAAAAUUCAGCCUUCUGUGGAUAAAAGCAAGGUGUCUCUGGAUCCUUCUCCUAACUUUGAUUGCCAUAUGUCAAGAAAUACGCCUUCUCUGAAAGAUACCAUUGAGCUACAAGCCUACAAUUCAAUGGUAUACUUCUAUGAAUAUGAUGUCUUUUCAAGACCAGUAGAUAGACCUAGACAGUGUCUUCCAUAUGCAAUAGUAACAGUUAAAUUUAAUGGUCAAAAGACAGGUAAUGGACAACUUAUGACAUCACUGAGAUUCCCCUCCACAGGAUUUCCUAAGAGGCUUGAAAAAGCAUGUUCUCUGAGUAACUGUACAGUUGCAAAAAGAAUUGGAAAAGGAAAAGAUGCUACAGUCAUCUUUGAGCACUUCAGGAAACCUGUUGAUCUGUUUAGUCAGGAAAAUUGUCCAUGCAAAGCACUAACUUCAGAGACGGAUUCUUCCAGUUUGGAAUCUUCUAGUUCUCAUAGAAGUGUGCAGAAUGGAAACAGUUGUGUGUUUGAUACAUACAGCAGACAUACAGAUAAUUUAUCAGAAGUUGGGGAUGCUUCUCAAGUGCACACACACAAUUCAGCUCUUUCUUUGAUGCCCACUGCUAACACAGCAAGUGGCAAUGGUGACCUGUUCAGUGUGACAUAUCUCAGAAGUAUUUUAAGUAGUAUUUCUGCUGUUCUUCCCUCUCAGAGCAGUACUGGCUCAAGUACAGUUAUCACUUCAAAACUUAUUAAGGACCCAAGACUGAUGAAGAGAGAACAAAGCAUGAGGAAACAAAAUAAUGCUGCUGGUUUAAGUGAUACUUUGCCAUUUGAUAAGAGUGUGGGUCAUGGUAAUUCAGAAAUAAAGCUGACUUGUAUGCCAGCUAGCUUGGUCUCUUCACCUGAAACUACCCCUGCUGAUCAUGCUCUUACUAAUUGUUCAGAUAUCUCUUGCUUCAAAUUCUCUUCUGAAAGAUCAUACUGUCAGACUCACAAUAUGGGCUCAAGGGAAUAUGACAGUACAACAGUAAGUAAGAUUGCCAUUACAGAGCAGUGUAAAGAGCAAAGCGGUAUUUCGUUCCCUCGUUAUUUACCAAAUGCAAUUUCAAAUGUUGAAAAACAAAAAUACAAUGAAGAGGAGGAAGCCCAAAAAAGAAAAAAAAAUACUUAUAGUAAAGACUAUCAGAGUCACAUCUCUACGGCAUCAUGGUCUUCUGAUUUAAAUAAUGUAUAUAAAGUUGGUCACAAGAUGUCUGCAGUCUUCCCAAUCCAGAAUAAAGGAAACCUAGAUGAAUAUAUGCAAAAUACUGGAAUGAUGAGAACCUUCAUCAGCCCAGAAGACGGUUCUAAAUGUGUAAACCAAACUUGUUGGAAAGAAACUGUUAACUAUUUUACUGAUAAAACUAAAAGUAGCCCAAUUGAUAGUUGCAUUACAUUGGACCAGAAACACAAAGAAUGUGGAAAUCUUAAUUCUUUAACGGGAAAUGGUGACAAAAUACCAGUUACUCAUAAGUUACAAAUGCCCAAACCUCCCAUAUCUACCACAGAAGAUAAAAAUGAACUAGAUCGUGCAGUAGUGGAAUUAGAGUGUAAUCUUACUCCAGAUACAGGGUACCUUUUACAAAAGCAUCCUCAGUACUCUUUGGAGCACAAAGAUAAUAUUGAUACAAAUUUUGCCAUGGCUCAGGGGCUAACAGAAUUGAAAGUAGUACAAAAUAAUCAGAACUUCAUUAACAUGACUGAUGCUUUCCAGGAAGCAAAAGAUAUUCCCCUGGAUAGAGAACACUUCAUUGAUAGAGUUGUUUCAUCUUCUGCCAGUGAUGUAUCUCUUGACACUUCAGGUGGCAACAUGAUUGGAGAAUAUAUGUGCAUCCAGAGGGAAAAUAAAAAUGAUGAAAAAGACUGCAAAGAAACUUCUCAUACUAAAGGCAAUGUGCAGGACCACUGCCUGUCUUAUGAUGCAGAGUUGAGCUCUGAUUUAAACUUGAAAAUUAAUUCGCAAGAACAAAGACAUGAAAACCCAAAUGAGGCUAAAGAUAAAGAGAGUGCUUCAUCUCCUGAGUACAAAACAGAUAAUAUAAAUGAAAGUGAAAAGCAAGAUUUUCAUGCAAAUGCAGUUGAAAUGAGGGAAAUUAAGAGUAACACCAAAGUAGAAAUCCUGAAUUCUGAAGAAUGUUCCACAUUUGACUCAAUUUGUGGGAAGAAAGGUAGACCAGCAACAUCUGCGUCAUCAGAGAGUGAAGAUAGUAUGGAUUCCAUAAAACAAAGACAUGCACCAAGUGAUGGAAGAAGUGUGGAACACUUGGUGUCCACAUUUCCAGAAAUUGAAGUUUCUUCAGUGUGUAUAGCUUCCAAUGCUACAAAACAAGUAGUUAAUACUACCAUUCUUACAUUAAACACAAAUUGUGAGGAUCAUCAAAAACACCAGCUAAAAGAAACUUGUGCCUCUGAGAUUUCAGAUUUAGGUUUAGUAAAACAUGGCAUUUUCAAUUGUGAGAUUGAUCCUGAUAAAGAUAAAUUACAAGAUUUUUAUCAAUUAGUAAAUGAGAAUUCAAUUCUUCAAACUUACGAAUUGGGAAGUGAAAUUGAAGUAGAGCUUGAAGAUUGUAAUGAUGCUUCUUUGUUUCCACAAAAUAUAGAUAGCCAAGGAAAUCAUCUUUGUGAAGAAUUUGAGUUAUAUGAGUCCCUGAAGUCUCGAAUUGAUUGGGAGGGCCUAUUUGGAAACAGUAAUAAAGAGAUGGAAGCUAUCAGUUUUGCCCGAAGGGAGGGUGCUGAUCCACAUUCUACAGAUUGUAAUUGUGUUUCUUUCUCGUCACAAAAAGACAGAAGAGAGCUUCACAACCCAAUUUUUCUUCCAGAUCUACAAGUUACAAUUACAAACUUAAUUAGUCUAAGAAUCAGUCCCACUGAUGAUUCUUUAGAAUCAAAAGGUAAUUUUUACAAAUGUGUAACUGAAUCCACAGAACCAGAAGCAAAUGAAGGAAAACCUUUUGGAUUUAGCAUUUAUUCCCAACAUUCGGGUUUUUCAUGUGAAAAUAAAUGUGGCGAUUCAGUGCAAGAAUUGGAAUACGUGAGUAAAUCUGGAACCUCCCAUUCUUCAAACUCAAGUCAUAGGACAUGUGUAAGUCACAUUUCUGGAAAACCAAACAGUAACUCUUUGUCUACUGAAUCAUGUAAUGUCACAGUCAUCAAUGAGAAGAGUAAAUGUCCCAGAAAAUCAAAGCAUGACUUUAAUGACACUAGAAAUAAAAAGGACAUGGAAUCAAGAAAUGGCAAAAGAAAUCUGCAUGCAUCUUCAAGGAGUCAGAACAUAUCCCAUAAAGAUUUAAGGCAGCAUGAAACUCAUGAGAAAAGGAGGAAGCCAGCGAGUUAUGACUCAUCUGAACGUUUUUCUUCCCUAUCCCAAGGGCGAAUUAAAACAUUUUCACAGUCAGAGAGGCAUAUUAGGAAUGUACUGGAUAUUCUAAAUAAUGAAGCAUCUUUAUGUAAAAGCAAACAUCUGUCCAGAAAACUGGACAAAGCUGUUCUUCACUUAAAAAAAGCUCAUAGAAGAGUUCAUACGUCUUUGCAGCUUAUAUCUAAAGUGGGAAAGAAGAGAAAGGGCCCAUUACCAAAAGCAUAUUCAGUAAUAUGUAAUAAUUUCUGGGAAAGUUGUGAUCUUCAAGGGGACAGUUGGAUGUCUGAAAGAAGAUCUAGGCAUUUUUUAUCCAAAAGAAGGUAUGACAAACAGGGAGAAAAAAGGUUAAGAUUUGAUGUUGAUGAAUCAUUGGCCCCAGUAUCAAAGCACAGAUCUUACAGAACAAACAGAGAGAGAAUUUCAGAGUACCUUUCCAGAGGAAUCAUGUCUGGCCAUGUCUCCAGUAGUCUUACCACUUUCCAUGUGAGAGAAUUUUGUGAUGGACUUCACCAAUCACAGUUACCCCUAGCCUAUACAUCCCAGACUAUAAGUCAAUUAGGAUACACUAAUAGCAUUGUGAGAAAUGCAAGCUCUUCUGAACUUGAACAUUUUUCUGAAACAAGUGGGCACACACUUUACCCAGGUGAAACAGUAACUGAAAAGGAGUAUCAGACUGGCAUUGACUCUGCAAAGCUCGGAAACCAUUCAACACAUAAUAUUAAGGAUAUAACAAAAGAAAAUAAUUCUGAAGAUGAAACAGUGGUAUGUGAAAGUAAUUCAGUGUCUUUAAGUUCCAUGAAAGAAAAUAUAAGUCAUAGUCAAGAUAAAUGUGAUUUAACUUGUAAAGCUAACACUGACAUAGUUGUUUCAGUUUUAGAUUUAAACAAGAAACACUUUUUAAAUGUUGGUAUCUGUGAACAAGAUAACCUUGUAUCUGAUGGUACUAGAAAUGGGGGCACAAUUCUUCCCGUAGAAAAGUGUACAGUUCUUAGGGAGAUUGAACCAAGCAUUCCUACAGGAAAUAUACCACCAUUGUCACCAAUUCUAUUGACAGCUGGUGAGGAAGAAUCUUCUCUGGGGGAAAAUAGACUCCAUUUAAAAGAGAAUGAAGUGAAUAUUACUAAGCAUUCUAAAUUGGAUCUGAUGUCAGUAAAUAAAGAAAGUAAAAGUUGUAAUAAAAAUAUAAAACCAUCUUCCAAUGGUGGUUCUCUGCUCUUAAAAGAGAAUGUAAAGGUUCCUUCAAAAACAUAUAUGGCAAAAUACAUUGAGGAAGAAAAAAUGAAAAAAAUUGAGCAAGCAGUUUACCAAGCAGUUGUUACUGGGUACAAACAUCAAAAUAAGAUCCUAAAAGAAGGAUCCUUCCACUCACACAAGAAAAUAAUUAAAAACGACUUGACUGAUUCUUGUCUAGGCAUUAAAAAUUCUACCCUAGAGACAACUGCUUUGAAAAACAUUCCUAGUCAGCUUAGCAAAAGACAGAAAGUGGGGCAAAUGAAACAACAAUCUGACUGUCCCUCCAAACCAGCCACUGCAGGAACCAAUUGUAGGCCGGAUCUACAUGAGAACUCUGAAGUCCCUGCUGAAAAGAAGCCUCCAACACACAUGCAAGGAUUAAAAGAAGGGCAUCGUGUAGCUAAUUACACAUCUCGUGUAACAGAAUUGUCUCAGAUUUUACAAAAAGCAGAUACAGCAGUUUCUUUGAAGGUUUUAGAAGAAGAGACUAAAGUUUGUCAAAAUCUUCUCCCUUUAUUUGUUGAAGCUUUUGAAAGAAAGCAAGAAUGUUCACUUGACCAAAUCCUGAUUUCAAGAAAGCUGAUGGUAGAACAGAACUUGUGGGAUAAUUGUAGAUUUAAAUUGAAACCAUCUGCUGUUGAUACUUGGGUAGAACUUCAAAUGGCAAUGGAAACUAUUCAGUUCAUUGAAAACAAAAAAAGAUUCUUAGAAGGUAAAGUAACAUUCCGAAGCUUAUUAUGGUAUGAUGAGAGCUUGUACAGUGAGCUGCUUUCCAGGCCACGUGGAUAUCAGCUGCAGUCCAAUUUCUAUCCUGCUUUUCAAAGACGAUUAAAAUAUAAUGCAUUCUGUGAGUUACAAAGUUAUUAUCAUCAGCUAGUUGAAAUCUUAGCAGAAACCAAAAAGGAAAAUAAUUCAUAUUACGCAUUCUUAAAAUACAAACGGCAAAUUAAAGAAUGUGAAGCCAUAAAGAGACACUAUUCUGAUUGCUUUGACUUUUGUCUUUCUGUUCCAUUUACCUGUGGCGUUAACUUUGGAGAUAGUUUAGCAGACUUGGAAGCCUUAAGAAAAAGUGUUCUGAAGCUGAUCAGUAUGCAUGCAGGCUCUCCUAAAGCCCAUUGUUACCCAGGAAAGGAAGACCAUUUGUGGAUCAUUUUAGAAGUGGUCUCCUCAAAGGUUAGUUUUAUCAAGAGCAAUGAAGAAAUAAGUAUCAAAAUUUGUCUCUAUGGUCUGGAACAUAUAUAUUUUGAUGCUGCAAAAAGUCUUGUAUGGAAAGAGAAAAGCCAAUCUUUCCCCAAAAGACAUUCUGAAAAUAGAGAAAUGGAGACGAUAAAUGAAUGUGCCUUUUCUAAGUGGGAGAAGAUCUAUGAUGUCUUGUCUAAGGACUUAGACAAUGAAUCAACUCCCAGUAUUGGGCUUAAAGAAGAUGAUAUGAUUGUGUCCAGACAGUCAGCUCUAGUUAGCCUACCAAACUGUAAGCUGAACAAAGCUUGGCUUUCAUACCCAGAUAUUUGUUGUAUUAGUGAGAUACUGGAUCAAGCUAAAUCUGCAGACCUAGAAACAUUACAGGACCUCACUCUGAAAUGUACAGUUCACUUAGAAACUUUAAAAAAAUACUUCCAGAUGCUGCAAGAAGACAAUAUAAAUAAUAUUUUUAUCACUGAAGAAAAUGUUCUGGAUAUACUAAACCACAACCAUGGAGCUGUCAUUUUAAAGCCGGAAGCUAUUGAGAUUUAUAUUGAAACUAUCAUGCUCUCAGAAACUGUUCAUUUUCUUAAAAAUUCAAUAGCAGAGAAACUACACAAUCAGAGAUUUCGAGGUAUGCUCUGGUUUGAUUGGUCUCUUCUUCCUGAGCUUGUUGGCUGCCAAAAAGAAAUGGCGUCCUUUUCAGUUGAUGACAACCAAACAGAUUGCCUUUGGAAAGUGAUAGAGACGGCUAUUUCUCACCUUAAGAAAGAGCUAUGUAUUCUCUAUGACUAUGGUGAAGCUGUUAAUUGUUCCUAUGCUCUACGCUUAUUCUCCAGAGAACUUAAGGAACUUUUGGGAAUUAAAAGGCUUCUAAAGAUGUCUAAAUAUUCAGUUUCCACAUAUAUUGACUUGGCACCACAUAUUGCAUGUGUAAAUUAUGGAAACACUGUGGAAGAAUUGGAUCAUAACUACAACCAGCUUUUUACAUUACUCAAAAAUAUAAUGUCUGUCCCUCAGAAAGAUUUUGGGAAAAUGGUCCAUAUAAUGAAAGUUCUGAAGACAAUUAAACAUAUGAAGAUGAUAAGGGCUAAAGGUACUAAAUUGUCCACUCAUCUCCUCUUUUUCCAAAUGCUUCGUAACAGAAGGAACACUUUGCAAUUCAGCAAAAAAGAAAAGAGAGAAAUGCCCACUACAGAACCUGAAGAGAACAGCAGUCAACCUGAUAUUUCUGUGCAGACACCCUUAGCUGCAGGGUGCACAAUAAAAAACAUUGCAAGUUCCUCUAAAAAACGACCUGUGACUGCAGACAAGUGUGAAGUGUCUCAGGGAAAAGAAAAUACUGAUGCAGUUUCCAAUUGUAAAAGACAAAAGGUUACCAUGAAAGAUGUAAGAAACAGACAAAAGACAAUAUCUAAGAAUCCAAGGACUACAGAAUCUCAUCCCAUAGAUGAAAACAAAAUAGGAUCAAAUUUACCUGACAGUCUGAAGAGAGACUCUGCAUCUCCAGAAAUGGUCAAAAGACCAAGCUCAACACCUGGCCUGCUUUCACCUUCUGAGAACAUAGAAGACACUUGCACACCAAAGCCAGAAAGCAAAAUAGAGCUGACAGAUAGCUCAUCUGGUGUUUCAGAAUAUCUCGCUGAACAGCAGGAAAGCUUAAAUGGCAUAAUGAAAGGAAAUGUGAAUUUUAAUGCUGCCCAAACAAAUAAGAAAGACCAUCCUCUAGUAUCUUGUGACCAAAAGGAUAUAGCUGCCACUUGCUCACCUGACAACACACCAGCACAGAAGUUGCAUGGAAACCCUGUAGAUCACACACAGAUCUGUCCUUCAAACGUAAGACCAGGAAAUGAUGACUCUCUUAUGCCUAGAGCAUCAGUGCCUGCUUCCCAUUCUGUGAGGGCCAUCCAUAGCAACCUUGAGAUGAAUGACACAGACUUUGAACAUGAAGAUAAUAAGAUACUAGAUUUGUCUGUUAAAGAUUGUACAUGUACCAGCUCUCCAGAGCCUGUGUGUAUCCAGGACAAAAUUCCUGUCCUGCAAGUAAAUAAAACACAGCCUAUAAAAGAUGCACCAAAUCCCAGUAUCUCACCUUUUGGCUCAUAUGGGAGCUUAGCCCUUGAUGUGAAUCAGAGAGCACAAUGCACUGUCUCUGAACAGGGUGGAAAGAAUCCUAAAGUCGUGACUCAGAAAGUUGGUACAUCCUGGAAUGCACCUCCACAGUCCACAUAUACCACAGUAUAUAAUUCUUCUGAGCAUUCAUUUGGAGGGUCAUAUCCAUACUAUGCUUGGUGUUUUUAUCAGUGCAGCAGCAGCAGUGGCACCGCUGUUACCCGUACGUACCAAGGGAUGACAACGUACGAGACCCCUCCUCCCAUGAUGACUGCAGUUGCAAGUGCUGUCCAGAACACACAUUUCAAUCAUUCAUACUCUGAACAUUUUAGCUAUUUUGCUAGGCAGCAGCAAGCAAAUGCCUUUAUCCCAGGAAAUGGCUAUUCUCCAUCUCCCAUGCCUGUUUCUUACAGUUACCAACAACCAGUUUAUUCGCAGUUUUCGUCUCAUCAGCUGGUACCACAAGCUGCCUAUCCUUAUCCUCCUAACCCAGGUGUGCUUCCACAAGUUCCUUGGACUUACGGUGAGUUGAAAGUUUCAAUCAUUUUUGCCUUUGGCUUUACAUUUAUGUAA